AUGAGAUGCAAAGAAAGCGAAAACUAAAUAAUUAAUGCUCAUCUGAAUUUUCAAUCUGCAUUUACUUUAUACAAAAAGGAAAUGGCGUAUACAAAAGAGAAUUCUAAAAAGACAAGGAAUGGUGACGCGAAAUUAAAUCAUUAUAGAGUGCCAAUAUUGAAACAGACUAAGUCUAAUUAGAAGGUGGAAAUCAAUGCUGAAUUAUAAUUAUUUUAGGAUUGA